AUGGGCAAAGACACCACAGAUGCAGGCUUUGCUGGCUACUCGCAAAUCACCGACUUGAUAUUGGUCCCUGGAGACAAUCUGAUCCAGGCUGUGGCCGCUAUCGAUAAUACAUUACCUGGUGGAUCUGAACUGGCGACUGAACUCUUCUACCAAAACACGACGGUCACCAUGUACGGCUUCCCUGGGGUCAGCAAGAACCCUGCCCUGGCUGCUGGAUUGCAAAGUCUUGUUACUCAGACUGUCAUCCCCGCGGGGUUGGAAACGUUCCAGAACGCUCCUCCCUACAGCGCGACCUGGAAGAUCAAAGUUCCGCCAACUGCAGUAGACGAUGGCAUGAUCGAGAUCACGACUACCUUCAGCAACCCUUAUUUCUCCUUGCCACUCCACAUGCUCCUUCCUGUCUCCGAUCCAGCUGUGUACACGGGCACGGAUCCCAGCCACAUUGAGGUUCCCAUGGGCAACGGCGGCACCCCAAACCGAAUAUUCGAUUUCCUGAACAACUUCAAGUUCGAUCUGGCUCCCAAUUCCUCAACCACCAUCACGAUGCAGCUGCAGUUAUCGACGAUCGGUAUGAACGGAACACCUAGGAGCUACGUGGAGGGGGUGGUUGAGCAAUCCAAAUCCGGAACCGUUCCGAUCUACGUGAUGCUUUUACCUGAAUGUACCCUGGGCAAAGACCCCCGUAAGUUCCAAGGCUACUGGGCUUCGGACACUAUCUACCCUGACCUCACCUUCUUGACGCUUGAGACCGGACCGGACUUUGCGCUGAUUCUUGACUGGUUCGAUAAGAAGUACCCACCAAUGCCUUUGAUCGCAACCAACCCAGUCUCAGGGGUUACUUCGCCAACGGUGUCCCCCAGCGUAGUCUCGCCCACGUCGACCGUUACUGCCCCGACGGACCCCUCCUCGACGACCCCAUCCACGACUGCGUCAGCAGCACCCAAUCCCGAGCCAACGCCGACGACGACAACGACAACGACAACGACAGUAACACCGUCUCCAACACCAGAAGUGCUGAAUCCGGUGUGA